AUGAUGUUGAUCGAUUGCUUUGGGAAACAGCGAGCCGGCCAGAAACAGCGUGAUAUGUCCCAGUUAUUCCACUGUGUCCUUAUCAAACUCAUUAGACGGAGCAAUUGCCCUAUCAUUCGGACAUCUCCACCUGUUGAGCGGCCGGACAACCUCGACGUAGCGUGGAGGCAGGCAAUGGACCUGGAGCAGAGGAAACGGCUCGCCAUGCUUUGCUUCAUGUGGGAUACUCAGCAUGCGGUGCUCUUUUCACAAUCCCUUUGCAUGUCGGCGUUUGAAAUCCGAGCCUCCUUACCUUGCGACGAGGCUACAUGGGAGGCAAAUACUGCAGAUGCAUGGUUCGAGCACGCACGCGUAGAGACAUCACACAGUGCGUUUCUUCCUGUCCUGAAAGCAUACAUAAUCCCCAACACCACCCGCCGCCCACGACACCUGAACGCCCUAUCCAGGAUUUUCCUCCUGCACGGCCUCAUGUCCAUAUCCUCCGACCUCAAACGGCGCGACCAAACCACUCUUCGCUCAGAAACACCUAACCUAGUGGGCGCCUGGAAAGCCCGCAUCAGUCGCUCCUACGACCUGUGGAAAAACGAUUUCGACGCAGACUGCAUGAACAUGAAACUAAACCAGACCUCCAACCCGCGCAAAUUCGUCGGUCUCAAAACAGCAACUCACGUCAUGUACCACGCCGCGCACAUCACGCUGAAUGUCGAAGUGCUCGAUCUGCAGAUAUAUGCGGGCGCACCACAUAUUCUGGGCCAGGUGGUGACGGCGGGCGACUUCGAGCGCUCGCAGCGGGUCGUCACGCGCUGGUUAAACGAGGACCCGCGCUCCGCUGCAAAGGCGACGAAGCAUGCUUCAUACAUUCUUCAGGAUGCGAUUAUGAACCUGAACGACUGGGACGAGACGGAUGUCUUCCAUUACCCCUGGUGCUUGUACCUGGCGACACUGACGUGCUGGGCUUUUCAUCUCCCCACCUCCUCCUCCUCCACCUCCACAGCGUUGGACAGAAAUCCCAAUAAUAAAAAUAACAAUAAUAACAGUGAGCAAGAGUACCAACAACAAUCUCCAAACCCUGCUCCGCGCAGCUCGAACGCUAACUCCCUAACCCCGCGAAACCAAUUGACCACACUCGUCGUCGCUAUGACGACGUGUAACACGCUCGAGGAACUCUCUGCGCUGGCGGGAAAGUUUGACACGGUGGGUUUGACAUCCAUCAUGAGCCAGCAGCUAGCUAGUGUGCGGUGGGCUGUGGUGCAUGAUGCGAUGAAGGUUUUGGUGAGUUUAUCGAGUAGGUAG